ACCGAUAACACCGGUGGUGAUAUCUGCUGUCUGGCAACCUUCUACAGCUCUUUCCGGUUUAAGAUUUCGACCAGCGUGCUUGUUCUCGCCCGAGCUAAGGCCAUUUUUUAUAAACAAAUUAAUUUUUGGCAACUUGCACAAUAAUUAAUUAGUCACAGCACUUCGAUAUGUCUACCAAAGCCGAGCUCGCCUGCGUCUACGCCUCCCUCAUCCUGGUCGACGAUGACGUCGCCGUCACUGGUGAGAAAAUCAACACCCUGCUGAAGGCCGCCAAUGUCGAGGUGGAGCCCUACUGGCCCGGUCUGUUCGCCAAGGCCCUGGAGGGAAUCAACGUCAAGGACCUGAUCACAAGCAUCGGAUCCGGUGUUGGUGCCGCCCCCGCUGCUGGAGCUGCUCCUGCUGCCGCUGCUGGUGGUGCUGCUCCCGCUGCCGAGGCCAAGAAGGAAGAGAAGAAGAAGGAGGAGGAAUCCGACCAGUCUGACGAUGACAUGGGCUUCGGUCUGUUCGAUUAAGCAUUCUCCGAAGGAGGUCCCAGAACCCGCAUACCGACCUGACAACUGUUGUGUUUGUGCUCUAAUCCUCCGGUGGACGUGUUUUCGACUUUUUCCGAUCUGUGUACACGUUUUAAUGUACCUAAAUCGAGAAAAUAUAGAAAACGUUUGCUAAAAAAAAUAAA